GAGCACUACAACCAGGCCACUCUCUUCUACAAUUCGCUCUCCGACGUCGAGAAGAAGCACUUUGUCUCGGCCGUCCAGUUCGAGCUUGGAAAAUGUGACGAGGCCGAAGUCCAACAGCGGAUCAUCGACAAGUACAACAUCAUCGACCACGACCUUGCCGUCCAGAUCGGGUCGGCCUUUGGCGGGUUGACCGUCCCCGACGAGGUCCGAAAGAACCACGGACAGAAGAGUGAAUUCUUGUCCCAGGUUACUGGAACUAACCAGGUCUUCACUGCCAAGGGUCGACAGGUCGGAAUCUACAUCUUGCCCGGUUUCAACUCGGCCGUUGUGACCGAGCUCAAGACCGCCUUUACGGCUGCUGGUAUCAUCCCUAUGAUCGUCGGACCUGUCAAGGGAUCCGUCACGUCCGGAGGGGUCACCUUCCAGACCCAGUUCACCUUCGAGACCUGCCGAUCGACUCACUUUGACGGACUGAUCUUUGUCGGUCCUCAGGACGAGAACAACACCGAGUACACCGAGACUCUUCGAAAGCAGGGUCGAAUCAAGCACGCCGCCAUCGAGGGUUUCUUCCACCAAAAGCCCUUGCUCGCUCACGGCAAGUGUAUCCCCUGGAUGGCCGAUCUGGCGCUUCCCGGCGAGUUCUCGCCCAGCGUCAAGACGGGCGAAGAGAUCCAGACGGAGAAGGGUGUCAUCUUCGUCCCCUCGGCCGGGUUCGGCGUCGAGAUGAUCAAGCAGUGGACGGACCUCUUGGCCAAGCACCGAGUAUGGGACAGGGAGGUUGAGCAUAUCGCUGCUUAA